ACGCAAUACGAAAUAAAAAACAGUUUUAAAGUCAUGAACUGAUUAUAUUUCUCAUGCAAUGUACAUGUGUUAUUUUGUCAAGAAUAUUUUGUACAAUAUAAACUUUCUUUUAUAAUUAUAUAUUUAUUUACAUACGAUAAAAGGUUUCCAUCGCUUCGCAAUGUUGUGGAUGAAAAUUGAUGUAAAAAUAAACAUCGCAUAUCGAUGUACAUCUUGGCGGUAUAAAUUAUAAAUUAUAUUUUGGUUUAUUAUUUUUGUUGUUGAAUUUUUUAUAUGUAGAAUAAAAGUGUGAAAUAUUAUAAAAAGAUGAGACUCGCAAAUGGACAAGCAGGUAUAUUCGUCAGUGUUCACUUGUAAGAAAGGACCUUUGUUAGGUAGAGUCCCCCCCUCCUUUCGACCUUUUUAACGGUUUUCACAGAGGGACUCUCACACGUUGUAACGGUCUGACCAGUUUCGUGGUAGCAUUUGUAAAGAGAGCGUGGUACGAAACAUCAGUAAAAAUGGAGACAACAUUUAUUACCGAUGAAACUGUCGAAUAUGUGCAACUUCUUGCAAAGUGCGAUAUUUCGAAGGAAGACUUGACGGAUGCGGUUGAAUAUUUUCGUGAUAUUGCUGUACGCUUUAAUUUAAUAUUUGUUGACGCCCCACGCAAAUUUUCGAACAAUGCUAAAUUAGUUGGCGGCAAACUUUUUGAAAAAUUUAUUAAACUAUUAGGAGAGCAUGAAAUUUUGGACGACAUUGAAUAUUAUACAGAAGAAGAACAAAACGUGGUUGUAUGCGAAAAUAUGCCGAGUACAAGUAAGAAUACACCCGAUGAAUUGGAAGAUUAUGAACCUCCAGAAAAAAUUUCUACGCAUAAAGUAGUGCCAUACGAUACAAAAUUAAAGGUCGUACUGACAGCACAAGAACAUCCACAGUGGUCUUUCAAAACAUUAAAGCAUCAUUUUAGAAAAUAUUUAAACCAUCCUUCUGAUGUUACGAAAUAUAAAAAAGCUGUUUUGUCAGGCGGUACUUUUAGAGACAAAUUAAAUACAAUAAAAACUAAUGUGUACGAUCGCUUCACAGAAGCAAGAAAUAAGAAUCAAUUAGUUACGCGACGUUUGCUUCAACAGUGGGCUAUUGCUGCAGCCGCACAAUAUAACAAGCCAAAAGAAGAACAAGACAGCGAAGAACAUACAAAUGUUUUUCAUUUCGUAGCAUCCAGCACGUGGUUGACCAACUUUUUACACGAUUAUAGGAUAUCGAAUCGUCGCGUUGUUCGAUAUGUUUCCAAAAAAGAAGCAAUUACACCAGAAGUUGUCAUAAAAUCAGCGGAACAAUUUCAAACAUUAAUUCAAGCAAUUUCGCCAGAUUACGAUCCCGAUUUUGUAAUUAAUACAGACCAAACAGGAUGUGAGUAUAGAGUUAAUGUUUCGCGAACUUACACGCACACUGGAGAAAAAUUAGUUCAAUUGUACAUAGGCGAUUUAAAUAAAGUUUCGCAUUCAUACACCGCCCAGUAUUCACUGACGAAAUCCGGGAAGUUAUUAAAUAAAGUAUUUGUUUGUUUGCAAGAAUUUUCUGAUAAUUUUGGAGUACGCGUACAAAAAGAUGUAGAUAAAUUAUUAGAAUUAUGUAAAAAUGUCGUUAUUACAUGUUCUAAAUCGGGCAAAUUAACAACAUCAUUAUACGCACAGUAUUUGGAAAAUGUUGUUAAGCCGUAUGUCGGGGAUAAUUUGUUUUUAUUUAUUGUUGAUUCCUGGGGAGGACAAAAAAACAUCCAAAUGUAUAACGAAAUAUUUCGCGACAAAAAUAAUAAACCAACAUGUAAUUUACAAAUUAUACCGCCAAAAUGUACUCCGAUAUGUCAGCCGUGCGACGUUUAUUUUUAUCGACAAGUGAAAGUUAUAAUUAAGAAAAUACAAAACUGUCCAGAUGUAAUUUCACAAUCAGGUGACGAAAGCAAACAAUUAAAUACUCGUGCUGAUGCGAUUCGUAUACAAUCUUUAACUCAUUAUCUGUUAUCAGCGCCGAAAUUUAAAUGUAUGCUUCAAUAUGCAUGGUAUGCAUCCAAAUUAGCUGACGAUAGAGAAAUAUUUUUAAAUGUGAAUCAAUUAUGCUUCUCUUCAAACAUUUAUAAUAAAACAUGUGUAUGUGGACAACAUAAUUCAUUUAUUAAAUGUUCGUGGUGCGAAAAAAUUUUAUGUUUCCAAUGUUUUUACAUCAAUUUUCAUCCACAACAUUGCGAAGCGAUGGAAACCUUUUAUCGUAUGUAAAUAAAUAUAUAAUUAUAAAAGAAAGUUUAUAUUGUACAAAAUAUUCUUGACAAAAUAACACAUGUACAUUGCAUGAGAAAUAUAAUCAGUUCAUGACUUUAAAACUGUUUUUUAUUUCGUAUUGCGU